UGUGACGUCACGUUCGGUUAUUCCCGAAAUUAGAAAUAGAAAAGGAAAAUGGCGACCCUGGACGAUAGUCCGUCGCUGUUUUCGGGUCAACAAUGGACAGAUUGGGCUGAUUCUGUUUUACUAGAUAAUGAAAUUGAAUCUACUGAAUGUGAUACUGCUGACGAGAGCACAGAUACAGAUAGCAUGAAGUUGAAGAUUGAAGACAUGCCAUUGUUUGGACUGUGCCCUUCCAGAGAUGAAUUUUAUUUGGUUGUCUGUGACAAAUGCCAUCAAGUUUUGAAACCACAAGCAUUUCAAGGACAUCUUGAAGUACGUCAUGAUGGUAAAGGGGGAUAUACAACAACAUCUUCAAAGAUUCAUCAGUCAUCAAGUCGACAUUCUGUCUCAUCAAAAUCUCAUUCAAAAUCUCACUCAACCUCAAAAUCUCACCGUUCAUCGCACUCUAAAUCGCACAGUUCACCGAGCAAAAAUUCACAUCGUUCUCAUGCUCAUUCGCGAUUAAAACCUCAUGUAGAAUUAGAACACUCAGGGCCAGAAAUUCACGCAGAUGUGGCCAGUAGAGUUGAAGACACUAAGUCUGUAAAGUCAGCAAAGGCCAGUGUCAAAGAGCCCCCACUGUCGUUUGAAACUGUCACGAAGGUGGGGGCUGAAGCAGAGACUGAAUUAGUUACUGACAGUAAACUUCAAAAUACAAAUAACAUGCCUGUUGUGAAAAUGGAACGUAUUCCAGAAACAGUAGCCAUGAAAAAACAGAUGGACUCAACAGGUAGUGCAAGGACUUCUCCAUUGACUAACGGAGCCAUUCGUGGCUCAAAGUCUCCUCCGUUGUCAAUGCCUGUUAUUACCGAUACCGAAGAAGAUAUUAAACCGUCCCUUACAUCAAUGCCAGUGUUAAAUGCCACUGAUUCAGACGAUUUAUUGUAUCUGGAAGACAUGGAUACAGUUCCAGUGUCGGAGAUUAAUAGUGCGGUCAGCUCCAUAUUGGAGCCAGUGUCACCUGCUUCGGAGUCAGAUACGGAUAGGUUUAUUGCUUUAGCAACAUCUUCGAGUACCAUAACAACAAAUACGGUGACAAUGGCCUCAAUAACAACUUCAACGACUUCUGUUACUAAUGUGAUAAAUACAAACUCCAGUUUCACUUUUGGAAGCAUGGGACGGCCAUCUCUUCCAAUGGGUAGUAUUCGCGUAAACUUUUCAACCAGUGGUGUUCUUAGUACUAUAACCGGUGAUGGUAAUAAUAAUAAUAAUUCAAGUAGUGUUAAUAAAUCUGCAGUUACAACUAGUGAGUCGGCACGAACUAAUAUCUGCAGUAACGGAAGUAUGGAAAGCACAAUAAGUGAUAUUGUGAAAUCGGCUGUACAUUCAGGGAAUACUGGUGGCUUUAAAAGUCUAACGCCAUUAAUAGCUAGUCCUAGAAAGACAAAUGGGCUUGGCAAUAUAAAUAGUUCUUUCAAGUCUCCCCAGAAACUUGGAAAUGUUGGAAAAUCUUCUAGCAGCUCAAAUUUAUCAAAGACCGGAUCAAAACUUAGCCCUGGCUCGUCAAAUUUGAUCAAGUCGUCUAGCUUGGGAAGUGUAACGGGUGGAUCAGAAUCAGGGUCCAGUUCAAACAACUCCUCCGUGGCAAACGCUGAAGCUAUUAAAAAGUUUCAGCUACUCAAUAAACCAGAUAAAAUCAUACCACUUAAAGAUCGUGAAUAUGAUCCCAAUAAACAUUGUGGAGUGGUAGUGGCUGAUACAGGGAAACCAUGUACAAGGUCUCUCACUUGUAAGUCACAUGCGUUAUCAUUGCGAAGAGCCGUCAAUGGGAGACGACUCUCUUUUGAUGAUUUACUAAAAGAGCACAGGGAGGCGAAAGAGGCGUAUCAGAAGGCUAAGGUAGAAAGCAAGGAAGCCACAGCAAAACUCAAAGCUGCUCAGGCAGCCAGCAAGGGGCAUGGAACUCAUAUUCUCACACCUCAUGGCAAACUCCAUAAUCUCAGCACAGUUACCUCCCCUGUUCUUAAAACGGCUGGUCAAGCUAAUCAGUGUUUGAACAAGGAGAAUAAAUCACUGUCGAACCCAGUAUUUCCCGCGUCAAAACCACCAGUACUAUCAAGGGCAGCUUCAAUAUCAUCUCACAGGCUUAGUUUAAGCAGUAUUGGUUCACCAUCAUCAAACGAUGAACUUCAGUCACCUACAGGAAAAUCAGGGGAUAAACUUCCUGGUGAAGAUUCUGAUGACAACUCAUUUACCUCAUACCAUCCCAGGCCUAUAGCAGCAUGUUCAUUUGGUGCUAGAUACCAUAAUAAUUACGGCAGUGGGUUUGGGUGUUAUACUUUUGGUCGCAGGACAGACCAUUUACGGGCAGCAUUCCUAGAUCUGCUGGAAAAACAUUCGAAUCCUCCACCACCAAAAAAACUUUGUGUUGAAGCAAACUUGCCUAGAGAACAAGACAACUUACAAACGAACACUGAUCCCUAUGAGUUUAGUUUUCAUGACCCGAGUAGAAAUCAUAUCAGUCAGCAGAUAUUGCAGGGACCUGGAGGACUUAUUACGUCUGCUGUCCCAAAUAAGGUUGUAUCAAAGCAGAAGACAAAACCUGUUACUUUGAGCACAAGUAUAGGAGCAAUAUCUGGAAGUAAACCGAAGUUAAAAGACAGUUUCUUGUUGUCAAAAGCUCCAAGUAUUAGUGGCAGUUUGACACCAGGACUUCUCACGAGUUCUUCGGCAAAGAAACGGAGAAGUAGCGGAAGUGCUGGGUCACAUAGUGUUAUUAAUCAGUCAAGUUUAGGACACACUCUAGUCUCCGCCUCGGCCCCAAAUAGUAUUUUUGCAAGCGUAGGGUCGUUAAAUAAUGCAACCGGAGGGGCACAGCAACAGCAGUUUGCUAUUGCUUUACCGAGCGGUGUCAAUAUUAGUCAAUUAGUGGCCAGUGGGAAUUUGAAACCUGGAAAUAAAAACAAUGUGAUAAAAGAUACGAUGGGGUUUGUUGUGACGGGUAUUCCCCAAGAAGCUUUACUCAAUGGACAGAUAGUGAAUAUCACAAACUCUCAAUUGUCCAGUGAUUUAAAUACAAACCAAAUUCAGACUGUGUCUCAGGAAGAAAGUAAUAAACCAAUACAGCAAAUAAAUGUGAUAACCAGUAAACAUGUACAGCCCAAGUUUAUAAAUAGCAGCAUGGAUUUACGUGCUCUGCAGACAGGGAAAGGUAACUUGAUAACAGGGCUGCCCCCCAAUGCAGUACUCCUUGACAGCAACUUACAGCCUGGUGCCGUGUUGCAGCCAUUGACGCUGACGACAUCGUCCGGUAAUCCGGUAAUGUCGGUAAACAGUGCUGUGCUGAAUCAACAGCAUCAGAAUCAUAGUGCUGCUUCUAGUCAAUUUAUAAGAUCUAGCUCAGAUGGCCACCAAGUGUCCACAUCUCCUUUACCAAAUGGUGUAGUUACUAAUGCUACUGACAAAGAUAUAUUGAUGUCCCAACAACGCCACACUGUGUUCCAGCCUAAAGGUAUAUCCCAGUCUGCAUUACCUCAACAGACGCGGGGAACCGUCCAACAGGCAUCUCAUAUAUUCACUGGAGCCCAGCUCCACAAUCAAAACUUCACGUUCCAGACACCAAGUUCGUCAACUCUGACCAGCCAGAUAAGUGCUAACGCUAGUCAGGUGCUGCCAAAUCAGCUGACACAGUUACAGGUUAAAAAUAGCAGUCUUCAAAAGGCAGGCACCAUAAAUAAACUAAAUAUGCAGCCAGUGUCGAUUACAAUUCCAUUCGUUACCCAAAAUAACCUCGGUGGAGUGGAGAUGGGGGUUGGAGGACAACAACACGGACAUACAUUAUUCAUUACUAGUGAAGAUGCACAAAAGCAGGGAAUUCACUUACAGCAGCCGGACCAACCUACUCAAAACUCACCCAGUUCGCUCAUUUCAUAGCACAGGAUGUGCACAAGUUAUGAUGAUGUCAUCAGAAUAUGAUGUCAUAUUCUGAUGAUAUCACCCUGUCUUGUGCUAGUAUCAGUGUAUAACAGUGUAUUGUUGAUAUUCAAAAAGCUUGCGGUGAUUUUUAUGACUGAGACGGGCUGCCAUAUCAAAGGUCAAACAUUUCAAAAACUUACUUACAUCAUAUUCUGUCAGACUAGCCAUUUAGAAGUUUGUUUAAGAUGGUCAGGGCCAUGUUAAGAAUUUUGUUUUUACAGUUUUUUUGUUAAUUUAUAUUUUUUCCAUCUAAACUCUUGUCAAAAAAAAUGUUAUGUACAUAUAAAAUUGAUGGGAAUUAUAUAUAAGGAUACUUUAGUCAUAAUUAACCUCUCCUAAUUUUGGUGUUCACAAUUUGCAUAAUAAAUAUAUGUUGGUUUAAAGGAUGUACGAGUGAAUUCCUUUUCUGUUUCUUUGAAUUUUUUUUCUAUUUUGUUUUUAAAGCUGCACAGCUCCAGAUUCGUGCUAAAAUUUAACAAAAUUUCGAAAGUGUUUUAAGGCCUUUUUUGCUUGAGAUAUAAUAUCAUGUUUAUUUCUCAAAAACUUUUAGUUUUGGUAUCUUGUUACAGUUUCCAAAACAUUACUCAUUUGCCAUAAAGAUGAACUAACAUUUGCUGCUUCAAUUGCUAUAUUAGCAAUUGGUAUAAUUAUAGUGAAUUAGUAUUUUUGUAUGGAAGUCAAAAUACUACUUUAUUUACAUCUUGCUGCCUUUAUGACAUAUUGCUGCACAUUCAACACUACUUUCUUCAUUUUGUUAAACAUCUAACAUGUUCUAAAUCCAGUAUAAAAACAUUUUAAACACAUGUUUGGCAUUUCUAAAGAAUUUAAAAUUACGGAUUUUUGAGGCAUAGUUUGCCUUUAAAAUGCUAAAGCAGAGUUAAGUAAUUUUAAACCAGUAUAAAAUAGUGACAAAGUACAUGUAGAUGGAAAAAAGCAUAAAGAAUUUAUUGUUAUACUACAAAUAAUCUAAACUGUGUAAAAAUAAACAUUUUUAAAAGCCCCCAUACCCCAUUAGUUAUGAAAAUAUGAAACUUUGUCGUAUAUAUUUUAUAUAGCAUGUAAGGCAUCAAAUAGAUUGUCAGUUUUAUGACUGUAUCUGUGCACUUCACCACCUUUCCAUUAUAGAUUUUUUGAAAUUUUGUUUGCUCAUCUGGGGGUCAUUCAACUUUUAAGUUCAUUCAAAAAUUGUAAAUUAUGGAACGUCGGUGGUUCUACUCAGGUGCCCGUUCGUGCCUGAAAUAAUGCACGGAAGGGCACCUGAGGUCUUCCUCCACCAGUAAAGCUGCAACGUUGCCAAAUGACCUAUACUGUGUCGGUGUGACGUAAACCCCAAACAAACAAACAAACAAAAAUUGUAAAGGUCAUAAGGCAGCUCGCUUACUUUACUGGUGAAGGAAGACAUCUAGUCCCCUCUGAGCAUUUAUUUGUGGCACGAGUGGGGUACCUGGGUCAAACCAUCAACUUUAUGCAAGCUAGCUUGAUAGCUUCCUAGCCUUUCUAUUUAAGUUGAUUAUUUUAAUGUGCUAGGAAACAUGUGCCCCAUACUCAUGAAUAAAAGUAAGUUGGUAUAUUGUCACAUUAGUGCAGUAAUGGGUUAAUUAUUUAUGUAAUUUAAUAGAAGGUAAAUCUUAACUGCACUUAGGUGACAAUAUAUUGAUUAUGAUUAGCAUAAUAAAUCCUUUAAUGGCAUACUUUCUCUAAAUAUUUGUAAUUAAGAACAUGUUGAAUGGUUCAAGUAAUAUUUCCAAAUCCACAUUUAAUUAACAAUAAAAGGAACAUAUCAGAUUCAUAGUGAAGGUGUUUAUUGAAAAAAUGUUUAUGUAUUAAGAUUAUAAAAUGGAUUUUAUUUACUUAUGUUUGACCUUUGACCUGGCAGCCAUCUUUGUUGUAGUUUUGACUUGUGAUUGGUGGUCAUUGUUUUAUAUGCACAUAAUAUCGUUAAGAGCUUGGUCAUGCCUACCAUACAUGUAUAUUCUAUUCUGUAAAUGUAAUGUUAAAAGGUCCCCCCACCCCCACUUCCCCUCCCCCUCCUACUAUUUAUUAAAUUAUCUGUUAUGAAUAGUAACUAUUUAAUAUAAAGAUCUGUGCAGUGUAAAUUGGUAACUUAUUAUUACUACAUUUAAUUGACAAUUUUCCGAUGUAUACAUGUAUCUGUCUCCAUAAGGAAAAAUGAGCUGUGUCAUGACAAAACCAUCAUAGUGCGUUUGCGACCAGCAUGGAUCCAGACCAGCCUGCGCAUUCGCGCAGUCUGAUCAGGAUCCAUGCUGUUCGCUUACCAACUCUAUUACAAGUAGAGAAACUGAUAGCGAACAGCAUGGAUCCUAAUCAGGCUGCGCUGAUGUGCAGGCUGGUCUGGAUCCAUGCUGGUCGCAAACCCAUUAUGUUGGUUUUGUCAUGACGCGGCUCAAAUGUAUUUUAAAUAUAUUUAUCUUUAAUAUUGAUAGGCCAAGUUAAAAUAUUUUAAGUGCAUUACUCCAGUGACUCUGUUUAGUAAUAAGUUUAUUAAAAGUUUAUGAUAUUUUUUGUAUACAAUUCUUGUUAUAAUACUGUUUAUUUAUAAGAUGGAAUUUUAAGAGUCACAAUCAUUAAAGGGACUCCACUGAGGUUUUAUGACAUGAUGGGACUGAAAAUAUUUUUUCCAGAUAAAUGUACCAUUUUAUGUAGCUUUAGACCACUAAUCUUUGUUCAAAAUUUCAGAUCAUUCGCUCACUUUGUUUUUUCCAGAAUAAUUAUUCAAAUUGUAAAAAAAUGACCCAAAAUGAAAAGCGUUUAAACGCUUUUCACUCAAAUUGGGCUAUGAAAAGCAUAAAAAUAUGAUUUUUAAUUUAUUUCAAAGUAUAUUUCCUAACUAUCUUUGCAUAUAUUUAUGUUUAAAGUGCCCCAGCUCAUUUAUGUAAGAAAUUCAAAUGUUAUGUUUUUAGGCUUUUAAACCUCAGUAGAGUCCCUUUAAAGGUUUUUGUGUCACCUGCUACAGAUUAGCGACAACAUAUAGGGAUCACUAUAUAGUUUAUGAAAGAAAAAAAUACAUUCUGUAUUGACCCCAAUUUGACAUUGGAAUAAAGCACUGUACUUCUUAGUUAAUUCUCAAUUGGAUAUUAUUUGCUCUUUUGAGAGACCAGAAUUCAAGAUUAAUGUAUGUAGCAAUAUAUGUACAUUCUUCAGACUUUUUAAAUAUACCCAUUUUCAUGCACAAAUUUACUUUACUUUUAAAGCUUACUUUUAAAGCUGCAUGCCUCCAGAUGAGAAAAACCAAGUUUCUAAAAGAAAAAAGAAAAAAUACCUUAUAAAAGUAUGUAGAUAUUUCAGAAUUGUAAAAUUUUUUAGAGUUCAUGUGAUUUUUUGCAUGCUUAAUACAACAUAUUGCUGAACUUACUUUUCUAGAAAUCAUUUUUUUUUUAUUCAUUACCAGUUUCUACCCAGUAACUAACUUGUUAUAUUGUAAAGUUUAUUUUGGCAAAUUUUAACAAGUUAUGUAUAAUUCCUGUAAACCAUGGAUUCACCAGGCUAUUUUGAAUUAAUUUUAUUGUAUAUUUGACAAUGUUGUUAUUAUUUAGUAGUCUUUCUUAGUUUUCAUAAAAGGAAAUGUAACUCUGGAGGCAUGCUUCCUUAAAGAUACCAGUAUUAUAAUACAUCAUUAAUGAAGAAAAAGAAAAAAAUUUCUACAAAGUUGUUUUAAAUAAAAUAAAAUAACUACCUCACAUGUUUUUCUGAAUACACUGACCGAAAAAUACUUGUCUGACUGGCAGAAUACAUUAUUGAAAAACAAAAUCUGAAACAAAACAUUGACAAUCAAUUCUUCUUUCAAUAAUGUUCACAUUUUGAUUUAUAUUGAUUUAUAUUGAUAAAGAAAGAAGUGAAGUGUACAUGAAUGACUUUCAGUUUAUCUUUUCUUUUCUUUUUUUGGCUCCAGAUAUUCAUAUGUUGGAUAUAUACCUAAUUUCCGCUUGCUCAUUAUUGAAAUACUGUGUUUUUAUCAGUGGGAUAUGAUUUAUAUUUCUCAUUGCAAUAAAGUUUCCUGAUAUUAUGAAACAGAAAUUUAUUACUACAAGGUUAAUUUUUUCUGUCACAUCGUUAGGUAGGUACAGUAAUAAGUUAACCACUUUUAAUUUAUCAUUGGGCUUAACUUGUUAAUGCAUGAAAUUAAAAUCAAAUAAAAGUAUUGUGUUAUAUUUUUCAUAGAUACUGAAUAUAUCUACUGCUUUUAAGUGUGACAUUCUUCUUUAUUUACAUUUGUGCAAUGUGCCUGUGGUAAUAUUUGAAAUUUUCCCUACACAGUGAGCGAUAUAUACACUACACAGUGAGAUAUAAACUUGUGUACUCACAGCAAAUAAAUAUACCAUUAAUACUGUGAAACAGAUGACUUAAUAUUCUAAUUAAACAUUAAUAUUCUUUUUUUUUCAAACCAUGUAUUUUCAUUUGAAAUAGAAAUGUAGUUUUAAAGAAUUUUACAGUAUCAUUCUAGAAAAUAGUAAGGAGGUUUUUUAAUGUUUCCACCUUUCUGUCAACACGUUUAUUAUCCCCCGCCGAUGGAAUCGGGAGGGGGAUAUAGUUUUGGCGUUGUCAGUCCUUCCGUCCGUCCAUCCGUCCGUCCGAAUUUCGUUUCCGGAGUAGUUCUCUGCAACUACUGGCUGGAAUUCAAUGAAACUUUAUGGGAAUCAUCAAUAUCAAGAGGAAAUGCGCAUAUCAUCGACUUGUUCCGGUCCGACACUUUAACUCAGAGUUAUGGCCCUUGAUUAGUUAUGCAGUAUUCAUAUAGAGUAAAAAUCGUUUCCGCGCUACUUCUCUGCAACUACUGGCUGGAAUUCAACAAAACUUUAUCGGAACCUUCAAUAUCAAGAGGGGAUGCGCAUAUCGUCGGCUUGUUCCGGUCCGACACUUUAACUCAAAGUUAUGGCCCUUGAUUAGUUAUGCAGUAUGCAUGUAGAGUAAAAAUCUUUUCCCGCGCUACUUCUCUGCAACUACUGGCUGGAAUUCAAUGAAACUUUAUUGGAACCUUCAAUAUCAAGAGCGGAUGCGCAUAUCGUCGGCUUGUUCCGGUCCGAUACUUUAACUCAGAGUUAUGGCACUUGAUUAGUUAUGCAGUAUGCAUAUAGAGUAAAAAUCGUUUCCGCGCUACUUCUCUGCAACUACUGGCUUGAAUUCAACGAAACUUUAUGGGAACCUUCAAUAACAAGAGGAGAUGCGCGAAAUCGUCGCUUUGUUUGGGUCAGACAUUUCAACUCAGAGUUAUGGCCCUUGAUUAGUUAUGCAGUAUGCAUAUAGAAAAAUAUUUGUUUCUGCGCUACUUCUCUGCAACUACUGGCUGGAAUUUAAUGAAGCUUUAUUGGAACCUUCAGUACAAAGAGGAGAUGGGCAUAUCGUAGCCUUGUUUGGAUCAGACAUUUUAACUUUGAGUUAUGGCCCUUGAUAACUUAUGCAGUAUACAACCAGAGCAAUAAUCGUUUCCGUGCUACUUCUCUGUAACUACUGGCUGGAAUUCAAUGAAACUUUAUGGGAUACGAAGAGGAGAUGUGCAUAUAGUCGCCUUGUUUCGGUCAGACACUUAUAACUAAGAUUUAUGGCCCUUGAUUAGUUAUGCAGUAUGCAUACAUCUCAUUGGCAUUUCCAGAUAUUUCUAUUUAACACAGAGUUAUGGCUCGGUUAUUGCCCUGAAUAUUUAUCAAGUUCAAAGAAUAUUACUGUUUAUGCCAUGAUAAAUAUAUAAAUAAAGCCUUAUGUCUUCAGUUGUUGUGUUAGUAAUAACCAGUACUCGGCGGGGGAUAUAAAUUCAACGAAUUUGCUUGUUUCUGUUGUUUUGCUUAACUGGAAAGACGUUAUAGAUAGCAUACAUAUUAUUAUGUAUGCAAAUAAAAAAUAUCAAAACACUUAUCAAUUGUGAUUUUUGUAACAUUCUACAGAUUUGUGCUAAGAGUUAUGUACCCUUUAUUGGUAUAAUUACCUGUACAUGCAUAUUAUCAGGCCCCUCACUAAAUUUUGUUGUAUUUUUCUAUCUUGAAAAUUAUUUUUUACCUUGGUUUAUUAUUGGUUAUUAUUAAAGAAUGGUAUUGAACAGGUUUAAAAGAUGGGUACACUACUUGUAUACAAAGUGACAUUACGCUCAUUUUUUUCGCUGAAAAGUCAAGUUUAAUUAGUUAUAUUUUUCAGAAGAUUGGUAAUGGCCAUUGACCAAUACUUUAUGAUGAAAAAUCUUAAUGAUCAAUAUAAAAGCUAUGUAAAUUAUAAAACAACUGCCCCACUCUGUAUAAGAAUUAAGCAUUACUAAUACAGUUUAAAAAUAAUUUCCAUUGGCCACAUGGAUUAUUGAUUAUAUUUUUCAUAGUGAAAUAUAAAAUUGAGCAUAUUCAUGGCAAAAUGUUUAAGUUAUUUUUAUAUUUACCUUUUCACUGUCCCUUUACACCUGGAUUGGAAUAAUUUCACUUUAAAAGAUGUUGUUAUAAAUAUGUAUACAUAUAUAUAAUGUGUUAAUGCAGGUGAUUUGGGUUGAUAUUACAUAAGAACAUUGUGAUACUAUUUCAACUGAUAUUAUAAACUCAAUUAACAAUGGAAAUCCAACAUAACAUUAACAAUUUGAUUCACAAAAUGAUAAUUAAAAAAUGAAUGAUAUCUUUUUUUUUUGCAAUUAAGUUGAUAAGAAAUAAGAAUAUAUAACAUGUAAAUUAAGUUACUUCUGACCAGAAUACUUCAAGUUUACUGAGAUUUUAAAAUCAUAGUCUUCCUUUAUCCAGUGAAAUGUAAAUUGAGUAUAAGGGAUAGAAGCUAGGUCUUAUAUUUAAGGGGUGAAAUAAGGUUUAUUUGUGAUGUUAGGGAUAAAAAAUUAAGUUUAGGAUAAAAAUUUAGGUCUAUAGGUUUUAAGAUAAAACAAAAGGGUUAUAUAUGAUUUACGUGAUAAAGUUUUGGGUAUAUAUGAUGAAGAAAAAAAAAAGUUUUUUAUUCAGGAUUUCAAUGGAUAAAAAAUAAGGUUUUUACUGAAUUUUAGGUAUUAAAAUAGAAUUAAAUAGAAUUUAAGUGAUAAGAAAUAAGAUUAUUUAGGAUUAAUCUAAUAAAAAUAAGGUUUUUUCUUUUCAGGAUUUAUCUGAUAAAAAUUAGGGUCAUGAUAAAAAUUAGGGUUUGAAGAUAAAAGUUGGGGUUAUACAAUGUUGGAUCAAUUAACUGCUGUGAAAUUAUUGAAAUACAAUUGGGAGAUAAAACUUUACUGCUUCAAGCCAUAGAUAUACAUAUCAUUGCAAUAUAUAUUUAUCAUUUAAAGUCUUAGAAUACAUAUUUUACUGAGUCACAUGUGGAGAAUUUGGUUAUAACUGGUUAGUUAUCCAGAAAAGCUGGUAGGGUGGGCCGGAAGCAGAAAUUUGACCAAAAAUGUGUUCAAAUGAACUUAUUUCACAGAUUUGAGCUGUCUUUAAAGAAAUCUGUUUUUGGUUGAUUGCUUUCUAUUGCCCAGUAUUCUUCUAUAUUUCCUAUUUAUAUAAUAUCUGUCGAAAAUUAUCAUGAAAUGGCCAAUGUAACUUUCAUACUCACUUAUACCAUACCUUGCUUUUUUCUACUUUUUGAAAAACAAACUUCUUGGAAUUUAUUUGUGUGUGUCAUUAUUAUUUUAAAUAAAGCAUGAUAAUAGUUUUGGGUUUCAGGGAGGUUCAAUUUUGUAUAUCUUUUACACAGUCUGCGUGCAGUAGUGAAACAAUUUACACUGAAGGGUGUUCAGAAUCAAAGGAAAAGAUAACCAAAUUUUGGAGUUUUUUUGCAUAAAAUUUAUAUAAAAGUAAUAUGUUAUCAUUGUGUUAUUUGUACAAAGGAGAAGAAAUACACAGAAAAAAGCACACACCCACAAUACUGUCUGUGUCUAAAAUAUAUAUUUUGUGCCGAGAAAAAUAACGGAAAAUUACUUGUUUAAAAGAUGAUACUUUUUGCUUGCUAUAUUGGUUUUAUAAAUGGCAAAUAAGAAAAGAAUUAUUGAAAUGCCUUAAUAAGGAAGAAGAAAAUUUUGUGUCAUUAAUGACUGUGGAUGCUGACUAUAAAGAAGUAUAUCAAAUUUAGAAUAUAAAAAUAUGCUCAACUUUUUUUCUUCUAUGGUUUUAGGGAAGAAGUAUGUUUAAAACUCCUAAACUAUUUCUGUUAUAAUUUAUAACACUGUACUGGCAAGAUUUUAAAUUUAAGAUGCCAUAUUUGUUGAGACACAUACUCGGAUUUCUAAUGAUUUGUGGCACAUUAAACACUAGUCCAACACAAAAGUUUUUAUAGCCUCUAUAUCAAGAUUAAUAGUUAUAUAAAAAUGGAUUUUGUAUAAUAUUUUAUUACAUAUAAAUAUAUAUAUAUACAAAUACAAAUGUAUGUAUACAUUUCAAUACAAUAUUCAAAAGGAAGGGCCAAAAUUAAUUGGAACACCAUUGGGGCCCUUCCCUAAUAUAAAAAGGAUUUAUCCCUCUUAGGGUGCUGUAUUCACUGUACAGAAUGAUUUACAACUAAAUUUUUCAUAUGUAUUGUUGCAAAUAAAUUGAAGAAAAAAAAUACAAAUUCGGUGUGUGUUGCCCAUUAUUGGAAAUACAUUGCAACAUUGUAAGUGUGUGUUAAGUUUAUAUUUUUUUUCUUGUAUAUCUAAGACAUUUCACUUGAAAUCUGGUGACAUCAUUGACCUGAGCAAAAUGUGAUAUUUUUAUGUGUGUUUGUAUUUUUUUAUAGUAUUUCUAGUUUAUAACUAUAUUUAUGGAUUUUCUUAUCAGACAUUUCACAUUGACUUAUUUAAGUUUAUGUAAAUAUUAUGGUAUAUUUGGAAAAUUAAUGUAAGCUGUUAGUUAUUUAAAUUAGAGAGGGUAACAGAGAGGGAGAAAUAGCAGGGGCUGCGACUCAAACUCCUGGUAAAGAUCUUGCUAUUAGAAGCCUCUGCACAAUUAACUGGUGCCUGAUCAAAAUCGCUGGAUUUACCUGGAAAUGUGUGUAACAGAAGGUCAGUCUUGGCUAAUUUCACCCACUAUAAGGGCAGUGUUUGGGCCAGGGUUACAAUUGGCUGAUACAUGAAAUUGUUAACAUGCUUAACAAAAUUAAACUUGUUCUUAAGACCACCUUAAGUAUAGUGAAAAAUAACUUGUCAGUAAAGUUCACUAUAAUAUUUUCAACUGUAAACAACUAGAAUGGGAAAUAUGUUGAUUUCGGAGACCACCUUCUUAUGAUCUUCCUCACUUUUCUCAAGACUCUUCUCUGUAAACAGAAUUGACUGUAUCUGAAAAUUAUUCAUUGAAGCAUAUUCAUGUAGUUAACAGUUUGACCUUUUUCUGCCUUGCUCUCACACUUAGAAUGCCUUUAAGACACUUCAUUUGUUGAUUACCUUACAUAGUCACCUACAUUUUGGUAGGUUUGUGUGAGUGUGGUUUGUCCAAGGUCAAGGUUACAAAUGCUAAAAAUAGAUUAUUUCUCAUAGUGAGAGCACAUUUUAGUUUUGCCAAAGAUAUAUGUUGGAACAUCCAUUGCUGUUACAGAUAUUAUUGUCUUAACAUGUUAAUAUCUAUACUUUGAUGUAGAACUCUACAGAUUGCUUAGUACAUAUUUGGUUUAUGAAAUGUGGUAACAAGUUCUUCAUAUUUGCACUACGUUUUUGCAAAUUUACUAUUUUAAGGCAACAAAUUGAUUGAAUACUUCUCAACUUUUGCAUAUUGUUAAGAAAUCUUGGAUAUUUUUUGUGAAAACCAAACUUGAAAUGAUAUACCAAACCAUAAACCAUGGAAAUGAUCAUGUCCUGGUGAAUGAGAUGAAGUUGAAAUGAAAUAAUAAUACUGAAUUUGUAAGUGGAAUGUUUUUUUGUUUUUAAACAAGACAAGUGAAACCUCUUAGUUAGGCGCUGAAUUUGGCAACCAAAAACGUAUUUUUAUUCUCUGUUAUUUUCAAAUGUGGUUAUUUCUUAAUCUUAAGUAAAAUGCUAUUUACAAAAAUUAUAGUUUUAUUACGAUAUUAAUGCAGUCUUUUUUUAACACUGUUGUAUUUUGUAAAUUAAAUUAUUGGCACAAAAGAGCUAUCAUAUUAGGCUAUAUUGACAUUUUAACAGGUUUAUUAUUUAUAACUAAAAGUCUUUUUGAAGAAUCAAAUUUGAUUACAACUAACAUGCUUAACUUUUCCAUCCUGUCCUCAUACCACUUUCAUUUAUUGGCAGAUAUCCAAGUUGCUUUAUGUGUUGGUUAGUACCUUGGUAAAUUCCUUCCAUGGACCUCUCAUUUUAAGUAGAUAGUCAGGUUAAUUGGGUCAAGAUUAGAGGUCAAGGUCACUGAGGUUAAAAAAUGAAAUUUGGUCAAGGUCACUGAGGUUAAAAAUAAAAUUGGGUCAAGGUCACUGAGGUUAGAAAUAAAAUUGGGUCAAGGUCACUGAGGUUAAAAAUAAAAAAAAAUCCCAGCUUAUUUCUAAUAGUCUGGCCAUGCGUUUACCAUUGCCAAAUAAGCAUAAGCAUCCAUUCACCCAUUGGUGUUUCUGAAAUUCUUGUUUCAUAUGAAGUGUGAAUGUUUUUUUAAACUGUUACACCUUAUUUAUUAAUUAUUGGAAAUAAGAAUGAGUAAAAUUAUCAUUAGUGGAACCCCUUUUAUGUUAAGGCAUGUGGAUUUAUUUAAAAGGAUGUAAUUUGAAAAUACAGUUAGAAUUUGUUGAGUCUGUGAUAUUUAGAAGUAAAGUAACAGAUAACUAGUAAAUCUUUUUUCCCCAACUUUAUGUAAUUUUACAAUGGGUAAAAGAAUGAUUUGUGUAGUUGGAUCCAUUCCAGUUGAGUAGAAGAUAAUACAUGUAUACUCUGUUAAGGUAGUAAAUUUGAGGCACAAAAGGUAGAGUAUUAAAUCGUGAGAACAUGGAUUUUUAUAUUUUUUUUCAUAGUAUACGUUGACUGCAUUGGCUUUUAUUGAAAUGUUUAUAUAAAAUCUCUCCAAAUUGCAUCUUUUAAAAGGUAUUAUUAAUGCCCUUUAAUCUGGCCGAAAAGAUUUCAUUGUCAUUAAAACAUAGCAAGGGUUUAAAGAAUAGUUGUAUGUAACUUAGAAGUGUCAUUGAUUAAUCCACCUUAAACAAACCGUCAACUUCCAAUGGUACCUAUAAAUCAAUCCCAAACCAUGUAUUUUUUGGCCUAAUUAAGGUUCAUUGAAUAUUUUGUUAAGCAUGUAUUGGUCAUGACAAAUUUUGUGAAUUUUUGUAAGAUUUUUAUUUUUCGCACCAUUUCCAUGUAAUGUUAAUAUACUGGUCAUUAAAUGGCUCAUGCACCUCCCCUGCACGUUGUUAUGCAUUUAUUAAACAUGUAUCAUAGUUUGAAUUGUUGAAUGUCUUUGACCUUUUGUUUUGUAGAAAGAUACUCUUGUUAAAUUAAAUUUAUACUAAAGUAUGAAAAAUGUAAAAAUAAAGAAAACAUUUUCCUAAAUGAAACAA